AGUGAUUGACUUUAUCAGUCCAAGGACAUCAUUCGCCUGGAAAGGGGGGGAAGUUUGAUCCUCUUUCACACGGAUCCCAGUUACGGGAGUUUUUCUCCCGUUUACCGAGACCCGGGAUUAUCAUUUCGUUUUUCAAUUCAAGGUUUCUUUAUUCAAGCUUACGUGAAAUUGUGCUCAGUUUACCGUUACCCACUUCACUCCACUAAACUGGGGUUUCACGUUUUUUUUUUUCUUUUUCUUUUUUUACUUGCUUUUUCUUGAUUGAGCCCAAUGACUAUGCUUCUUGAUAGCGCUCCUCAAUUCCCUUCACUAGGAGUAGGGGGUUUCGGAACGCCUAGACACCAUGAGUUGGGAAACCGAGACCCCGGGCUGGGGCUCAGUCCCUUCGCAGAUUCAUCUCACUCGGCUGCCUUCAAGAUAAGUCCCGUUACUCACGAUAUCGCCUCCAGCCAGUCAUCAGCGUUCACCCCGCAAGCUACUGGAUACGCAGCCGCGCUCGGACACCACCACGGAGGACAAGUUGGUUCGUAUGCCGGUGGAGCAUUCAAUUCGACCAGGGACUUUCUCUUCAGAAACAGGGGCGCAGGCAUCGGAGAGACCGCACCGCCGAGCGCCCAGCAUGGAAUCUUUGCCGCUUCUGCUGGGAGUCUACACGGGCCCCCCGGAAUUUCGGACAACCCGGGACAUCUGUUGUUUCCUGGACUUCACGACCAGAGCGUGAGCCACACAUCACCGGGAGGACAUGUUGUAAACAGUCAAAUGCACCUGGGUUUACGCGGGGACAUUUUUGGCCGUCCAGAUCCGUACCGACCUGUGGCCAGCCCUCGUACGGACCCUUACGGCACCGCUCAGCUCCAUAACUACAACCAUCCCAUCAAUAUGAACAUGGGGAUGAACGUACCCACACACCACGGUCCGGGGGCCUUCUUCAGAUACAUGCGGCAGCCUAUUAAGCAAGAAUUGUCUUGUAAGUGGAUAGACGAGAAUCAGAUGAACAGACCUAAAAAGACUUGUGACAGAACUUUCAGCACAAUGCAUGAAAUGGUGACACAUGUUUCAAUGGAACACGUUGGCGGCCCAGAACAGAGUAAUCAUGUUUGCUUCUGGGAGGAUUGCCCGAGAGAGGGGAAAUCCUUUAAGGCCAAAUACAAACUCGUGAACCACAUCCGAGUGCACACUGGAGAGAAACCGUUCCCUUGUCCGUUCCCUGGUUGUGGGAAAAUCUUUGCAAGAUCAGAAAAUCUUAAAAUUCACAAAAGAACUCACACAGGUGAGAAGCCAUUUAAAUGCGAGUUCGACGGCUGCGACAGGCGCUUUGCGAACAGCAGCGACAGGAAAAAGCACAUGCACGUGCACACAUCUGACAAGCCAUAUAUCUGCAAAGUGUGUGACAAGUCCUAUACACACCCCAGCUCUCUCAGGAAACACAUGAAGGUACACGAAUCACAAGGCUCAGAGUCGUCUCCAGCUGCUAGCUCUGGAUACGAGUCGUCUACGCCGCCAGUGCUGGUUUCUGCAAACACUGAAGACCCGACAAAAACACCCACGUCUGCAGUGCAAAAUACAUCUGCACACAGCGAUGGACUACCGCCUAAUUUUAACGAAUGGUACGUUUGAAGCUCCAAGCAGACUCUCAAAUGGUGGACCAAAAGGUUGAAGCAACCUUUAAAAAAACUAUUUACGCUAUGGCGUACAAAAUGGCAUUGAAACAACAGGAAAAGAUGAGAGUUCGCCAGCAGGCCUCGUCCAUUCUCAGGAUUCGAAAUUUGACUUUAUUCCGAGUUCGAAGAAAACUAGCAAGGCAUAAAAUAACAAAAUAACACUUUCUAAGAAUAAAUGGUUUUCCUUUAGUUUUCAGAUUUCAGAUGAUUAUUUUAUUUUUCAUUUUAUGUAUUUUCUGAAAAAAAUAUUUAAAAAUAAUGGCAAAGAAAGAAUAUUUCACGGUGUUUUAUAUUAAGGUGACACUCACAUCACCUUUUGAUUGAUUGUUAAAACUUCAGACAGUCUUAAGAAACGUGCCAAAGUCUUUGUCUUGAACUUGAACAAAAAAUAAUAAAUCAUAAAUAAGUAUAUAGCCUACUCGUGAAUGUAUUUCCUUGUUUGAUGGAGUCAAAUCUGUUGUCCAAGUCCGUUUUCAGGUGGAGAAAUGUGGUAUUAGCUUACGAUUGUUACCUUUGAAUAUAACGUUGCCUUUGUUAAUAAUGAUGUAAAUACAUAUCCAUGAUGCCAUAUUUAUCAAUUUGUAAUUUAAUUAUCGGCGAAAGAGCCGACUCUUAAAUGAUAUUUAUGGAAAUGUUUUCUAACAAGACUGUACAGUUUUGAGUCAAUAACCAGUUUUAACGAUGAAAAAGGGAGUCAGUUCUAAAGUUCCCACGAUACGAUUGUAUCUUUUUUAACCAAUAUAUGUGUCUUAUCUGGGUCGUAAAGUAUUAAUUAUAUUAAUAUUAUGACAUGACAUGAUCUAUAGUUUCAAGUAUGCAUUUUCCAACGUAAGUUCAUGCGAGGACCGGUAUAAAAAGAAAUGAAAACAUUGUUUUGUUUUGUUUUGUUUUUUCUCCUCCUUAAAAUCACUGAUAAAUCAGCCACGUGAGGAAGUAAUAUCGAGUCUUUCUGGUUCUUAUAACUUCUAAAAUAACUUCUUUCGUAUUUUUUUUCUUUACUCUUAGCAUCAGAGUAUAGGCUACAUCUCUAUAAGGAACACUUACAAAUUCGAGAGGCCCACUGACCAGUGUUUUCAUCGACACGCCAAUUUUUGACCAGAUACACCAUGCAAUAGCAUAGCUUUCAUUCAUGCAUCACCUUUGAACUCGUGUGACAGUGUUUAAGACAUUAUAUUCUUGGGUUUUGAGGUACAGCCAUUUGAAUCAGUAUGGUAUUCCAUUUUUGAUGGUUCCAGAACUGUCUUUGUGGAUGCAAGUCUGUGUUUAAUGUGUCAAAGAGGAGCAAUGAUCUGUCACAACAGUAAUCUCAAAAUAAAACUUUUUGUCUGUCAGUUUGCAUUGUUUUAAAUGUAGUUCUUCUGUGAAUAUAGCGUGUUGUUUGUUAUGAGUACUGUGGUAUAACAUAUAGAAAACUUUGAUUACACAUUUGCUUGUUUUAUGUGAAUAACUUCUCCAGAUGUGGAACUGUAUGUGUGAAUGAAAUUUAGUAUUGAGAGUACUAGAACUUUUUAAGGUGGAAAAGUGAGGGAAAAUAUGUGUUCAGUGACACCAAGAGUUACAGCGUUGCAUUGUUACAUAUUUUUUAAGAGACUAAAAUUAUGCAUAUAAAUAUAUUGUGCUUAUGAACAUGAUUUCAAACCACCAGCACUACUUUUGAAAACAAACGUAAAAAAUACAGUACCUCGUAAGUAACG